CUCCUAUAAAAUAAAAAAAUGAGACGAGUUUUCGACUUCUCGCCACGGCGCACAAACCCUAACCCGUACCUUCAAAAUUCUCAUAUUGGGAAAUCCGAUCACAGAAAUCGAUUCGAGGGCCCAACCCUAAUUCGCAAUUUGUUUUUUAGCUUGAUCAGUUGCUGUUACCUUUUUCAUUUGAUUAUUUAUCGAAUACUUUAAGCCGUGAUACCUGCCGUCGAGAAGAAGGAGAGGGCGCAAGAGGGAAGGAGACGAUAAUUGGAGUCCGGAGAUCUCAACGCGCAGUUACGCUACUUGGAUUCAACGCUGCUUCAUUGUUUUUUUUCAUGGGAGAGAAGAAGUGAGAGGAUAUGAUGGCUCUUGGCUGCUUCUCCAGAGAAGAAGAGGAUUUGUUUUUUGACCCCAGAGACGACUUAUCUUCAGUUUUUGAUUCGUGUCCUGCUAGCCCGGCUAUUAGCGAUGUUUCAUUCCCAGAAGAGAGUUCGUCUAAGCGGGUGAACAGUGAUCCUUUCUACCAGGUCUGGAUGAAGAGUCCGUGCAGCGUACAGGAACGGCGAGCGAAGUUCAAGCAGAUCAUGGGUUUGGAUCCCAUUCCCAGCCCUUAUUCUGAUUACAUUUCUCCAAAUAGAGAGCAUACGGUUGAUGACAAAAUCACGGAGGGCAUUGAUAGGAUAUCUUCGGAUUGUGGUGCUGUACUCCUGAGUUCAGCUUUGGAGAAUGAAUCUCUACGAUCCUGCUGCCCUGUUAAGGCUCCCAGCACAUCUCAAGAGAGAUCCUCUGAUGAGCUAUUUGAUCAUAGAAUCAAAAAUUUGAGUGAUUCAAAGCAGAAUGGUGCUAGUCGAAGCCUUCGGGAGGACGAGAGGGUUUUCAUGUCAUCUUAUGCUAAGCAAUUUAUGCGAAGGAAUAAUAGCUCGUCAAGCACAAGCUCUGAAAAGAUGACGAUUAGAAAAAAGUUUGGGUGGUUGAGGAGAUUAGGUGCUGUGACUUGCAUUGUAGAUAGGCAAAGAUAUAACUUUGCUUCAGAUGUCUCUGAUUCUGAGGAAAGUUCCAGAACCAAAUUUCAAAAAAUUCAAGUUCGCCCAUAUAGAAAGCAAUCUAAGGAAUUCUCGGCUGUCUAUACGGGGCAAAACUUUAAGGCCCAUCGCGGGGCUAUCCUUUGCAUGAAGUUUAGCCCUGAUGGAGAGUACUUAGCUAGUGCUGGUGAAGAUGGAGUUGUGAGAGUAUGGCAGGUGAUGGAGUGUGCAAGAACCAGUGAAUAUGAAAUUCCUAAUGAUGAUCCUGCUUGCAUUUACUUAACUGUGAGCCGUAAUACUGAAGUUGCAGCUCUUCAUGCUGAUAAAGAAAAAAUGAUCAGAUCUAGGAGUUUGCGCAGCACUUCAGAUUCAGCUUGUGUUGUGGUUCCUCCGGAGGUUUUUCACAUAUCUGAGAAACCAUUGUACGAGUUCCAUGGUCAUAAAGGGGAUGUGUUAGAUCUUGCAUGGUCAAAUGACAAGCAUUUGCUAUCUUCUUCUGUUGACAAAACUGUUCGUUUGUGGCAAUUGGGGUGUGAUGGUUGCCUCAAAGUAUUUGCUCAUAACAACUAUGUGACUUGCGUUCAGUUUAAGCCCAAUGAUGAGAGAUAUUUCAUAAGUGGCUCUAUAGAUGGGAAAGUUCGAAUCUGGGAAAUUCCAAAUUGUCGUGUUGUGAACUGGACUGAUAUUAAAGAAAUAGUUACUGCAGUUUGUUAUCACCCAGAUGGGAAGGGAGUUAUUGUUGGCUCCAUGAUGGGUGAUUGUAGCUUUUAUGAUGCAUCAGAUAAUCGUCUUCAACUAGAUAGAAAGGUUUCAUUCGGUGGCAAAAAGAAGUCAGUAGAAAAGAGGAUCACUGGCUUUCAGUUUUGCCCCAGCAGCAGUUGCAAGCUAAUGGUUACUUCUGCUGAAUCAAAAAUAAGAAUCCUUGAUGGGUUUGAUGUAGUCUCUAAAUACAAAGGCUUUCAGAAUUCUGGAAGUCAGAUAUCGGCUUCAUUCACUUAUGAUGGGAAGCAUAUAGUUUCUGCAAGUGAGGACUCGAAAGUCUACAUCUGGAACCACUCAAAUACAGAUCAUGUACCCUCAUCCAAUUUAAAGAGCAGUCGAUCCUCUGAGUGUUUUGACUCCAGCCAUGUGUGCAUUGCAGUCCCAUGGCAGGGUUUUUCAUCCAAAAAGCCAACAUCAGACACAUUUGAGCUAACUUCAUCACAUGAAAGCAACAAAAGAUAUCCAUCUCUUGUAGACUCUCUAGGGAACAAGAUUCUCUACCUCUCACCUUCCAGCAAUGUCAUAUUAAGCCCGGAGUUCUUUGCCGAUGUUCUGCGCAGGGGUUCGGCUACAUGGCCAGAAGAAAAGUUCCCAUCUUCUUUAUCAAAAAUGUCCAGUUCUGGUAAAUCACAUUUCAAGUUUCUGAAGAGUUCUUGCCCGAAGAACAUAUCCCAUGCCUGGGGCCAAGUUAUAGUGACUGCUGGCUGGGAUGGGAGGAUUAGAUCAUUUCAGAAUUAUGGGUUACCAGUCUACCUGUGAAUCCUGUAGGUUUAGUAGGUUAUGAUUCCGUCCGAAUCAUCUAUCACAUUCUUUGUUUGCAUCGCAUUUCUACUCGAGCCAGCAUUGCGGUUUUUUGUACACUUGUGCAGUUUUACCAGAGGCUCCAGAAUUUUCAUUGAUUUAUUUUAUAUUUCCCGGCAUAGGGAGAUCUUCUUGGCGUUUCAGAGAUAGAUACUGCAACACAUUUUGCAUUAUUUGGUGUAAAAUUGAAUCCCUUAUGCCUCUGUGAGACUGUGACUAAGUUGAAAACAGGGGCAUGCGCAUUGUAACUGUGAUAUAGAUAGAGAUUUAGGUUUAAGUCUCAUGGCAGAAAGAGAUCUGUCUUCAAAUAUAAUACACAGGUUAAUACAAGUGUUGAUAUAAAGCAAGCUUUUUUGCUUGUCAGUGUAAAUGUUUUUGUUUUUGUUAGUAUGAUUUAGCUGACUUUUUUGUAGUCAUUUUCUCA